AUGCAAAUCGACGACAAAUCUGCCAAAUCGAAAAACACGGAACGCCGAUUCCGGCAAGUCUGGACGUACACUGGCGUCCUGCCAAACAGAUGUCGUGUCAUGUCAGAAUUAUGUCUGAGUUGGUUUGUUCCAAACUGGGCCCUAACACUGCCACCCAUUCUUCGGCGACGCCCAUCGGAGAUCCCGCCUCCAAUGGGCGAAGCCACUGGUUUAGAGUAAGGUGUCAAAUAGAGCUGAAGUACGGGUGGAAUGUGCAAUCAUGCUGCGGAAGUCGAACAGCGGAAGUCCUGGGGGGAAGGUGCGGAGACGUUACUGCCUGCCAGAGAAAGUAAUUUCUAGCACACCGAGCGGCUGACAUCGUGGAGUGAGCCGACGACCAUCCUGGCGAUAGACACAUCUGCACAAACAGACUUUUUUCCGUAUAAGUGCUGUUAAUGUAGAAUUAAAUAAUCAUAAACCGAACGCGUGCAGACGGCCCUCAGACACGUUCACAGUUAACUUCAUUAAACGAUAUGAGGGGUUUUUUGAUACCACGGGAGUUCCUGCGGAGAAAUUAUCGCCUCAACCACACCAAUCUGGGGCGUAGUCUGUCUCCCACGCAAUGUUUCCAAAGGCUACUUUAUUGAGGCAAGAAAACCUGCCCGCUGAAGGACGUCGCGUGGGUGCAGUUACACCUCACAUGCCGUCACCGUUGUGCUUAAGCGUACGUUCAUGCCCAUCUCGAAGAGGCAGGGCCCUCAGAUUCUCAUACUCGACUCCUACGUGCCUGGAUAAACACAAUGAUGCGAGUAAAAUGCUUACCGUAAUUCAGCUGCUAGUGCAGAGCCGUAAGUCCCACGAAGGUCUUGUCAUCCAGCCGCCAAGAUAUCUCCGGCUUCAGCCCAACAGUGUCGCUCGAGAGCGGAAAGUGCAGAGCCCCCUGCCGACAAUGACGUAACAUUCUACUCAAUCCUCUAAUUUUAACUUGUAGCUACUAUUUUAGUUGCUUCUGCGCUAAAACUGUGUAAAAUAAAUUCGCAGCUGUGGGCGGGGGGGGGAGGGGGUUUGUUCACUUACAAGGUUGUGAAAUGGUCUCGCCACCUUGUGUCCUCAUUGGCGGUCAUAUGACGAUGAGUUUUUAUUGGCAAGCAGUGUCGACAUUUCUGACUCAUGAGCUGGCGUCAGCAGUUCCUGACGUUCGACUUACUGAUGGCGACGGAAACGUUGGUGAUAAUAGUUCUCAAUCAUUUAUUGCCUAUGGGAACUGAACUCAACGGCCGACUAUAUGGUGUGUGUGUGAAACCCACUCGUCGAUAAUAAGUAAAAUGUUGCCCACGAACCGCGGCCACAGUGAGUAGAACCUCGGCGUCUGAUGCGAACUAGGUCAUACUGUUGACUAGCUGAUCCAACUCCGGCGGUAGACUUCAGUUAAAAAGUGUAGAGUGAUUUAAUUCGUCGCAAGUGUCAACAUUCUCUUGUCAAAGCGAUCCAUGACAGAUCCAGGUUUAAUGCCAAAAGUAUACCCAAAGUGUCGCUUCUAACCCCAAAUCCCGCCCUGAAGGCACUACUCGAACAAGCGAGCCUUUGCAUCCCAGCAGACGCAUAAAUUGUGCCGAUUUAAUGCUCACCCGCGGCUUUAAUUUCUAGUCAAUACCCGUCUUAAUGCCAGUGCCAACGGCGACAAGACUCAAAGCUUUAAAAGGUUACUCAUUUUGCGUUUCCACAAAAUACCAUUCUGUCACCUUCGCCUUUGCGAAUCAACACAUCUUUUUUGUUGUCGUUCCUUCCGGAGUAUUACAGCCCUUCCCAACUCUGCGAAAUUGAUUUUAAUUGGUAAAAUAUAAGCGGAUUGCGUAAGAUUUCGGAGUAUGCUUAAGUAACCCAUGUGCCUUCUUUGUACUAAAAUAGAAACGUCGCGUGCAUGCGAAUCUUCCGAUUCUUUGAUCUUGAUGAUUAGUAAAAUCUGUAGAUUAUGAAACGUAAUCAGAGUACACGUCUCCUACCAUUCCUAACCCUCCUGUUCAUUUGCAGAUAUCAGGGCUAAAGUAGUCUCAAGUUAAGAACGUCUACUGCUUCUGGAAGUAUCUUUUAAAUCAGGUAUGAGAUGUGGUAUUUAAUAAACCCAGCGAAUUCUCAUAAAAUCGUAGGUAGUAUUGACUUAUGUGAACGUCUAAAUAGUACAUGAGGACAGAAACCGUCUACAACACAGGUGGUUUUGAGCAAACUUCGAGUGAAAUUACGGUUAAGUGUAAGGUAAGAGUCAGGGUUAAAUUUGGGACUAGGUUUAAGAUGUGAUUUAGUGUUAACGGUUACGUGGCCGGAAUCGAGUUUAGGGUUAAGGGAGGGGUCAACGUUAACUGCAUAGUCAAGUUUUAGGGUAGGAUUCGGGUCGUUCCUAUUUCCAUGUCCUGUUUAGGCGUCCACAAAAGUCAAUUCCGCUGUUAAGCAGUCCAACUCCUUACUAUUGAGCCAUGGGCCUUUUGCCUUCUCAGCUGCGACUGGGAAUGCUAAGUAUUGUGUGGAGGGCGUAGCCAAUCAGAUAACUGGAGAUACUCGUCGCUUUGCACCCCGGGGCUCCGUAUGGGGCCCGCGCAGGCAGUCGUAUAGCGACCAGUAGUAUAUGCAGGGGAAUUUCGAAAACUCCCAUAAGGAAAGGAGAAAGUCUGACGCGCUUAAAUAUUUCCACGAUUUCUACUUGACUUCGAGGAGAGAAAAUUUCUCUUCUGCUACAUGAAAACGGGAGUAGUUUUAGAGCCGUCUUAAACCAAGGAUUUCAAACUAAAAUCUAAUAAUGCGGUCGUGCGAUAUGCUUAUUGGUUGUCGCUUAUGGCAGGCCAGUUCACGACACAGAGCAUUUGCCAGAAGAGGAAGGACGGUUUAAAGAAUGCUACCUCAUAGUUAAGUCAGAAUAACUUAUUUGGAAUCUGCCAAAACACCUAUCUAUUACGUGAGCCUGGUUGCCAUCUGGUGGUUCUAGGUGGAUUACUUAGGAUAUUCUGCUUGGGCAGACAGCUUACUGUAUCAGAUUUGGUGGAUUCCAUGCGUUACAGUAGGCGGGACUGAUAAUUUGACUCAAAUGUGAUUAAACUCACGGCUCCCAGUGGGGCCUUGUGGCUCAGGUGGCUAGAGCGCUGGCUGUACUCAAGCCCUCCCCUUGCUGUCGUGAGUUCGAAUCCUACCUAGGUCGCAGAGUUUUUCCCAGUUUUGUGCGAAUAAACUUUUCAACGUCUACUAAAACACCUAUUAAUGUUACCUCUUGCGAUAUUCCCACAAAGUCGUAUUUAUUGACUUUUCCCCCAGAUGGAAAGUAUUCGAGUGUGAAUGGCUGGCAAAAGCAAAUGCAGAAGGUGGUGGGUACGAUGUGUUUUACUUGAUCUACUCUUCUAUGGUAGGUCAACAUUCAAUCAUGUAUGAAGGAGUGGGCUCACAUUCUAACAUAGCAGCCUUGAAAUCUCAUAUAGCUAGUAAUUUUUAGUUUAUGUCUGCUGAUUUGCCGUGCUCGCGGAAAUAAGGGGACGCUAUUGAAAAAAUUAAAUGUCACGUUACUACCAAUGCUGAGUCAUAAACGAACGAAAGUACUAAAAAGCAAGACAAGGUGUUGCAAAACAAUGUAUAAAUAUUAUGGAUACUUAACAAACCUGUGUUUAUUAACAUAAAUCCUAUUCUCAAAAUCCAUUAGAAGUUACAGAUAUUGCUUUUCUGACUUCUCAAGGCCUGUUUUAAACUUUCACUCUGUUCUCGUCCAUGAGCUGUUGACAAGACGAAUCAGUAGAACCCCAAAAGUCAAAAAAACAUUUCGCUCGAUAUUUGAAGGCAUUUUUUCUACGUUUACUCUCGGUUCAGUGAACUUUAUGGGACCGAAAUUUGGUUAGUUUCUAUUUUAGUAUGGCUUCAUGAAUGAAGAGGGUAUUCUAACAAACUUUCUCGUCAAAUAAUCUUCUUUACCAUGAUCUCAUAAUGGCAGAAGUUAAUGCCAUAAUUGUGAUGGCGCUGGAAUGCCGCAGUUUGUUGAAAAUAAAACCCCUCCAUUUAAAAGAUCUCUCUAAAACUGGUCAUUAUGUAAUUUUGCGGAAAGUUCAAGUAACUGGGAUCAGUCCGGGUAGUAUCAAAUUCCUCAUAUAGCUAGUACUUUUUAAUUUACGUCUUGCUGAUUUGCCGUGUCCGCAUGUUUUAGAGGACAUUCUUGAGAAAAUCAAAUGACACAUUAAUACUACUUUUGGGUCGUAAACACACGAAAAUACUAAGAAGAACUACAGGGCGCUACAAAGCAAUGCAUACAUACUAUAGAUAACUAAGAAACCUUCGUGUAUUAACAUAAAACCUAGUUUAAACUCCAUUAGAAAUCGCAACUAUUACCUUAAUGUCUUGUCAAGGCCUGUUUUAAAUCUUCAGUCUGUUCUCGUCCAGAAGCUGCUGCCAACACGAACAAGUAGAAGCACGAAUGUCAAAAUAAGUUUCGUUUGAUAUUUGAAUGCAUUUUUAAAUGGUUACCCUCGCUUCAGCAAAAUUUAUGGGACCGAGUUUUUCUUUCGACUUGCUCUUUUAGUAUGGCAUCGUGAAUAAAGAGGGGGAUUAAACAGACGUGUUUAAGCAAACAAUGUCCCUGAGACGCAUUUGUAUCCUGUCUGCAAUUAAAAAGAUCGUUACCCAUGUAAGUGUAUUGGUCUGAUGAUGAGUUGCUGAAAACAUAUGUUUGCCAACCGACUUUUCAAAUCAAUUUUUUUGCCGUGAUCUCAUAAUGACAGAAGUUAGCAUCAUGGUGGUGGCGCGGGAAUGUCGCACUUUGUUGAAAAUAAAAGCCCUCCACUUAAAAGAUCUCUUGAAGCAAUAUUUCCCCGGAAUGAAUUUAAAGCAAGCAUGGACAGCAGAAUUUAAUGGCACCAGCAAAUUUCGCGACGGCUUCUCAACUGCAGCCCGUCGUUGCAUAACACAAAUAACAAGUGAGAAAGGUACAGAUGUUUGAAUUUCGACAGAGAAAAUCAAUAUAAAACAACAAGGUCAACGUGUACUGCGCGUAGACUAAUCAGUAAAACGAUAACUUCAGAAUGCAAUAGAGGAAUGAAAAUGGGGAAGUAAACAUGCUGAGGGAUUUCGAAAAUCAAAAAGGGCCUAGGUCUACCAGGGCAGGCUGAGGUUGACCACGUGGUCUGACUGUUUACAUAGGUCGGGUUUCUUCCGCCGUAUAUAGGCUGCCUUCAGGUAGCGCAAUAACCGAGUAGUUCGUGCUCGAACUAAUAGUCGAAAAGACGUUUUGGGGUCAACCGAAUGGCCACUAUCAAGGAGAUGUUUUGUAAUAGAAGACCGUGGAAUCUUAUUCUCCUGCUGUAGAAGCCAUUUAGGCAGGUGCUCAACUGUUCUGGCUGCCAGUUGCCUUUGCGUUCGCCCAAUGUACUUGUUUCCACAAAUGUAUGUUAAUUCGUAGGCACAAUUUGACGUGGCGUGCAAUGGCAAGGCAUCCUCCGCCCGUGGAAUUUCGAUAGCCUUAGUAGGACUGCAGAAGAUGAGUUCAGCUGAGCUGUAAGUUCUUUCAAUAGCGCAUCUCAAUCGCCGCUUGAUGGUAUUAUAGAUGUUGUCGCCCUGAAAGUGUAAGAAUAUUAUAACGGGCUUUUUCGGAACAGAUUUGGGCCGUAAAGUGUUGCUGUACUUUUCAAUGAAUCGUGUUGGAUAUCCCCGUUCAACCAGGACUGUUUUGAGGCAAGGAAUUCCAUCAUCCAGCAUCAUCAUCAAACAUCCGUACCUUUCUCACGUGUUCUUUUUGUUAUGCAACGACAGGCUGCAGCUGAGAAGCCGUCGCGAAAUUUUCUGGUACCAUUAAAUGCUGCUGUCCUUGCUUGCUUUCAAAGAUCUCUCUAAAACUUGUCAUUAUGUACUUUCGCGGAAGGUUUAAGUGACUGGGUAGUAUUAAAUAAAAAGGGUCCAGUCUAUCUUCUUGGGGAUAAGCCACACCACACUGUAACCACUGAUAGAUUAACCUACUGUCUCGCCGUAGCAUGUGGAGUGUCUGAUCUCCGGCAGGUGCAGUUGUGGACCGUAGCGGUGCGUGGGCUGGGAGGCAGUUGGGAUGGAGGUUGUGCAACCGUACGCAGACUAGUACACGUGCACCGCUAGCAAUUUCGCUGCGCAAAGACAUGGCAUAGGUGGCGCCUGGUGGUGCAGACACGAAGAGGGUAGUAGGAAAUGUCUGUGUGCAGUACAUGCACAGUCGCCGCCGAACACAUCGAUGAGUCUGGUCAGAUGCUUCUGCUUAGGCUCGUGCCGUCACCCAGCUCCAGUAAUCCAUCCUCCGCAUGACGGCCACACCCCGGCAAACGUCCUUCACCGGUGUGCUAAACCAGAUGAGUGUCACCGAUAUGUGCUAGUCUUCACAGCCGUGCGGCCUUGAACCAAUCUCAAACCCAUCUUCACCCCCCAGACAACAGCGUUCUGAAUUGAGGGUCACAUGAAAUCACUGUGCCUCCCCACAGACUUUCCAAAACAACACUGUUGACUCUGGAAGCCUGGCAUACUUGUUCCCUUUUAGGAAAUCCAGUGGCAAAUUCGCCGCAAAGGAGGGCGGUUCUGGUCCCUCGCUCACAGUACGGCUCUCAGUGCAACCCGCCUUCGUAAGGAAGUUGGUGUCGGAUACAUUUUCUUCUGGAAUGGAUAUGCGAAGGUCAGAGCCAUGGGAGGCCGGAGUCGCCUUAGCCAUCAGGAACGACGUCGUGAAACCACCGUCCUGCCUGACACAGACCGUCAAUGAUCGUCUCAGGACCAUGAGGCUGCCACUCUCCGCGAACAAAUUCGCGUUCAACGUGCUCUAA